AGUGCUGAAAUAGAUCAAGGAAAAAGAACUGCAACUGGAAAUACAGAAGUUAUUAUUGGAAGUGUUCAAACACUAGGAAAGACAGGAUCAUCUCGUAUCGAAAAAUAUGAUCCAUCCCAUUUUAAAGCAAUCAUAAUUGAUGAGGUAAUUGCCUUCGUUGUUUUUUUAAAUUAUUUUAAUUUUUCUUAUGGUUUUUCAAUGCUUCAUUUACAACAGGCUCAUCAUGCCGCAGCAUCAACUUAUCUUCGGAGAUAUGAUGGACUGGCUCUUGAUGGCAUUUUUGAUGAGAUUACUUAUCACAAAGACUUCUUAGAGAUGAUCAAGGAGAAAUGGUACACUACAUAUAUAAUGACAGGAACUGAUUUGUCCCGAGUAAAAAGUAACACUAUUGAUUUCAUACCAACAAUUCUUUCCAAAUUGGUUAAUGUUAAAAAUCGCAAUGAAAUUAUAGUACGAACAUACCUUAAACUGGCUGUAGAUAUUGACCAUGUAGAAAGUCUAACGAAAAUGUUUCAAGAACAUGGGAUUAAUGCUUAUAGUAUUUUGACCGAAGGCAUGGAUGUUCCUACCAUUGAUUGUGUUAUAAUGAGCAGACCAACGAAAUCACAUGUGCUUUUCCAACAAAUGAUUGGGCGUGGAAUGCGCAUUGCAGAAGACAAAGAGGAUUGCUUAGUCUUGGAUUUCAUUGAUUCCUAUUAUAAAAUUCCGGAGCUAGUUACCGCACCGACAUUGUUUGGGCUGGAUCCUACUGUAGAGUUGAAUGAUUACACUCCCUCAAUCAAAGAGAAUAAGGGUUUGGAAUCUAAAGAAAAGAUCAAAAUGGAACAACAGCUUCUAUCAGAUGUAGCCGACAUAACAAAGAUCAAAAUUACAGAAUAUAGUAAUCCAUUUGAAAUUAUUGAGGAUUGUUCUGGUGCUACAUCCGUAGGUGCCAUUUCUGAAUUCGCGUGGCUUAGAGUUAGUCAUGAUAUAUACGUGCUAUCUUUGUACGAAAUUGGCACAUUAAGAGUAGAAAAAGAUAAUCAAG